CAUAGUGCCCACACUAAGCUCUCACUCACACAGAUUAUGAUCUAUGAGAAUCUGAUCAUCUUGAUCUUUGAUUUUAUCUAUCAGAUUAGAUUGAUGCUGAUUAACUCACACAGAUCAAUAUGUCGUCCAACUCCAACAACAUCUUCAAUGCUGUCUCCAUCUUUGAUGGAAAGCACUGGCUCGUAUGGUCCGGAACUAUGGAGUCCUACCUGGAACAUCAGGGGAUCUCAUAUGUGCUGACCGAAACGGCGCCAACUGAAGUCAAAGCUACCGAUAACAUUCCUCCUGCGGAUAUAGUGUCAGCUGCCAAGAUCUGGGCGCAUCUGAAGACCCAAUACGGUGGUGCUCAGUGCGCCGACCUAUAUGCGUACUUCCAAACCGCGUUGAACGCCAAGUACAACGUGGGGUUGCACCCGGAUCCACAGCUGCUGGUGAUCACUACGGCGUUCGCUCGCCUGGAGAAUGAGUCUUUGAGCAUCCCUGAGUUCCUCAGAGCGAUGAUCAUUCUCAACAUAGCCCGGAUUCCCUCCGUCACAGAGACUGUUCUCCAGACCUAUGAAAAGGACAAGAUCAAAGUCUCGGCGGUUCGUGACGCUCUCUUGACACAUUUCGCUCAGAAGCAGUCUCAAAGCCAGAAUCAUGUGGCCAAGUUCAAUACCAAGCGCAAGCGCGAUGACCCUUCGUUCACCAAUCAGCAACAGGGCUCUGGCUCUGCACCCGAUAAGGGUGAUAAGGCUGAUGGAAAGAAGAAGAACCGUCGAGGCAAGCGCAGUGGGAAGAACAAGGACAACAAGGGCAAGGGCAAGGCUGAUCACAGUCAUGUCCAUGGAGUCUCCGAGAUCACUGGCUCCCUCACUAUUGGUUCGAUCGCCUCGCUCACUCCGUCUAUCCCUGCGCCGACGAUCUCGCAUGUCACGCACAUCUCUCGCGAUGGACCGACCCAAAAUCCGCGCGGUUCAAGAGAAGUCUCCCGUUAACAACAAUGGGAUGAUUGACACCGAGUUCCAGAAGCCUACUCGUAAGGUCUUCGAGCUGGCCAAGAAGAUGGAUGUGACGGUAACCGCAGAACGCUUCCGGACUCUCGACAAGAUCGUCAAUGAGAAAGGAAUGCUCCGCGAGGACGCAAUCAUGCGUUCUCCAUCUCCGGUUGCUUCCGGCUCAAAUCACACGCUGGAUGGUGGUCCUCCUGCCAAACGCAGUCGUAUCGAGGAGAUCCCCGACGUCGAGAUGGCCACCAGCCAACAGAACGAUCUUGAUCUUCUGUUUGGAGAUAGCGAGUUCGCCCAGGCUGAACCCGUCAAUUGGGAUGAGGUCGUCGACUUCAACGCCCUUAUGAA